AUGAUUGUUGGAGGAUCCAUACUCUUGGAUACAGCUACAGAUAAUUCUGAUAUUGACAUUAUUUUCUUAAUACCUUCAUUAAAUUUUUGCGAUGGUUUAGAGGAACAAUCAAGAAAUGAUUUAAUUUUUGAAAAUAAUGAAAAUUCCUUUUAUUUUUAUUUGGCUAAAGAAUUAGAGGAGGAGUAUUCAAGAAAUUUGAAUUUCAAUUGUGAUUUAUUCAAUAUCAAUUCAAUAGCCAAUGCACGUGUACCACUUAUAGAAUUAGUAAUAGAAGGACACGAAAUGGAUAUUAUGUUUGCACAACUUCCUGUUACAUCAAUUCCUGCCGAAUUAAAAUUGUCUGAACAUAAUAAUAAAGACGUUAUUAGAGAAAAUAAUUACAUAUUAAAUGAAUUAAUUGAACGAAUGGAUAAUUUAAAUGAUUCUCAACAUUUUCAGAGUAUUUUAAUUCUGACAGGCUUGUUUCUAAUAAUUUAUACUAUUUUAAAAUUAUUUUUCGAUAAAUAUAUUAAGUAAAGUGCAAGUAUGCUGAAAAUCGGUAACCAAACCCUAGUCAAAUAUUACUCUUAUAUUUAACCAGACCAUAGCUCUUACCGUUACAUAGCCGCACAGUUGAUUCUCAUAUGGGGCACAAAAGGACUGAUUAAUUGGGAACUGAAUUACAAGAGUAACAAUAAUUAUUAUAUAAACUUGAGCAUGCGAGUGGGAUAUUGUGAUAGAU